UCUUCAUCUAAUUCCAAUUUUCUUAAUUCUUCAUCAUUCUUCUCAAAGAAUGUAUCUCUAUCUUGCAUGGUUCACCUUAGUGGUGUUCUUCAUCAAGUGGUAUAGCCUCCGCCGCCGCCAAAACUCGGCGCCGCCAGCUCCGCCAUCCCUUCCGUUCAUCGGCCACGUGCAUCUCCUCAAGGAGGAGUCCCUCCACCUGUCACUCUCCUCCCUCUCGAGGAGGUACGGCAGCGUUUUCUCCCUCCGACUCGGCUGCAGGCCGUUCCUGGUGGUCUCGUCGCCCUCAGCUGUCGAGGAAUGCUUCACCACGAACGACGUGGUCUUCGCCAACCGCCCCGACACCCUGGCGGCCGACUGCGUCACCUACGGCCGCGCCGCGUACGUGUGGUCGCCGUACGGCCAACACUGGCGGACCCUCCGCCGCGUCUCCGCCGCCGAAAUAUUCUCCUCCCAGAGCCUCCUCAGAACUGCCGGCACGCGCGAGAAUGAGAUACGCGCCCUCCUCCGCGUUCUGCACGGCGGGAAGAAGAAAUCCACCGCCGCCGCCACCGUCGACCUGACUUAUCUUGUGUCAACGUUCGUCUUCAACAACAUGAUGCGAGUUGUCUCCGGGAGACAACUCGUCAGCGAGGAGGAUAUUAUUGGCGGUGAUGCCGGGAGGGAGGCGGUGAAGCAGAUCCGUGGGGUAUUUCCGCCUACCCUGACUCUCGUAAGCUGCGACUUUUUCCCCGUGCUGAGGUGGAUCGGCUACGGAGGAGUGGAGAGGAGGUUGAGACUAAUCCACGGCAGAAGAGACGUCUUCUUGCAACGGCUAGUCGAUGAAUUCAAAGGCUCCAAAGGGACGAGGAGCACUACUUGUUUGAUCGAAACGUUGCUGUCGCUGCAAGCAACGGACCCCGUUUUCUACACGGACGACGUCAUCAAGAGUGUGUUGAUGGUGAUGUUCGUAGCCGGUACAGAGACUUCCGUAACGGCUAUGGAACGGGCGAUGUCCCUUAUUUUGAGCCACCCCGAGAAGCUGCAGAAGUUAAGCGACGAGAUCGAUGAGAACGUCGGUCACGACAGGCUCCUAGCCGACUCGGACCUGGCAAAGCUGCCGUAUCUCCGGUGCAUUAUUAACGAGACCCUUAGAUUGUAUCCUCCGACGCCGACCGUUUUGCCGCACGUGUCGUCGGAGGAUUGCACGGUUGGCGGGCACAGCAUACCAAAGGGCACAAUCCUGCUGGUCAACGUUUGGGCCAUGCACAGAGACCCCGAGCAGUGGGACCGGCCAGAAGAGUUCGUGCCCGAGAGAUUCCAAUUCGAGUCCGAGAGAGAACUAGGGCACAAAUUUCUGCCUUUCGGAAUGGGCAGAAGGGGCUGCCCUGGGUCUGGGAUGGCGUUGCGGACCGUUUCACUAGGGCUGGCUGCACUUGUCCAGUGCUUCGACUGGGAGACACUGUCCGGUGACGUGGCGGCGGCUAAGCCUCUCGAGGCUGUCUGCUUUGCUCGGGAGCAAGCAGCCCACAUUUUCGAGCAACUCUGAUUUUUCAGUAUUAUUAUGUAAUAUUAUAAGAAUUAUUAAUAAUGCUUCGAUUCUUGUCGGAGAAUAGUACGUACGAUAGAAGACUAUCUUCGGUUAUUAUGUAAUAAAAUCACGAUGGUUUUUCUGUUUAGUUAUAAAUUUGAUUUGAGUUCCUUCCGUUUGAAAAUUCUGCACUCGAAGAAUCUUCAAAAGGAUCGUCCAAAUUAAUAAAUAUAGAGCAUCAUCAACAACUAGAGGAAUGUAAUCGAACAAGUGUGUCGAAACUCGUAAGCAGUAAGUAAACAUACAUAGCAUGAACAACUACCGGCUUGCAUUAGAACAAGUUUGUCAAAAGUAAUAAACGCAGCAUCAACAACUACUCGAUUGCAUUAGAACAAGAGUAUAUUAAAAAAAACAGAGUAAGUGUGGAAAAUUAUGUACAAGAAAGCAUCUUUAGUUACUCGAUACUCUUUACAAAAGUAGGUCAAGUUUUUUUACCUUGUUGAACCAACAAAAAACAUCACAAAAGAAACGAAAAA